AUGGCGCGUCUGGUCGGGUCUCCGGCGUCUCUGCUGCGGCCCCCUCCGUGCGCGCUGGCGGCGGCGGCGGCGCUGGCCGUGCUGUGCGCGCUGUACUACGCGCGCUCGCCCGCCUCGCCAGAGCCCCGCGGGCCGCCGCCCGCCUCCGCCGCCGCCCCGGCCGCCGCCGCCUCCGCCGGGGAGAGCAAGGCCAAGGCGGGCGAGGAGCUGCUGGCCUCGGCGGGGCUGGCCUCGGCGGCCGGGGCGGCGGGCGACGCGGAGUUGCACGUGCUGCUGCUGCUGACCAAGGCGGAGCGCAACACGUCGCUGCGAUCCAAGGCCGAGGCGGCGCUGCGCUCGCUGGCGCGCUUCGCCAAGCUUGGCCCGCGCCAGGCGCUCGUGCUGCACCUGCUCAGCGACGCGCCCAGCCGCCCCGUCGGAAAGGCCGUGCUUCGCGACGCGCUGCGCAGCGCGCAGUUCCAGCACAAGGUGGUCUUCCACGACGUAGACGUGGUGGCGGAGAAGCUGCUUCCCCUCGUGGAGGCCAUGCAGAAGCUCUUCAGCGCCGGCGCCGGCACCUACUAUGGCGACUCCCUCUUCUUCCUCUCGCUGGCCAUGCACCGCGUCCUGCCCAAAGAGAUUUCACGGAUCAUCCAGGUGGACCUUGAUGUGGAGUACAGGACCAACAUCCGGGAACUCUUCGAAGAGUUUGACAACUUCCCGGAAGGGGCCGUGAUUGGCAUCGCCCACGAGAUGCAGCCUGUCUAUCGGCACCUUUUCUGGCAGUACCGCCAGGAGCACCCGGGGACCAAGGUGGGGGAGCCCCCGCCGGACGGCCUCCCCGGCUUCAACAGUGGGGUCCUCCUGCUGAACCUGGAGGCCAUGCGCCACUCGGAGCUUUACAACCGCCUGCUGGAGCCGGGCGCCGCCCAGCGCCUAGCAGAGCAGUUCCACUUCCGGGGCCACCUGGGUGACCAGGACUUCUUCACGCUGGUGGGCAUGGCUCACCCGGAGCUCUUCCACGUCCUCGACUGCACCUGGAACCGGCAGCUCUGCUCCUGGUGGCGCGACCAUGGCUACCGCGAUGUCUUUGACCACUACUUCCGCUGCGACGGCCACGUCAGGAUCUACCAUGGCAACUGCAACACGCCCAUCCCCCAGGAGUAGCCCCUGGCUGGUCAGGGUGGGCUGGGGGGGCAGCUGUGCUGUGGUCACUGCAGGGCUCUCGCCGUGUCUCUUUGGGGGGUUUCCAUCCAGACUGUCGCUCCCUUUCCCUUGCGCACAACUGGGGUCGACCUGGGAGGAAUCCUCAUGGGCCUUGCAGGAAGGAUGCUGAGCCAGGUGUGUUCUGCCACCAGGCAG